AUGAUGCGGCUGAUAGGCCUUCCUACAUGGGUCCCCCUCCUCAUUAUAACCUGCAAAGCUUUGCAAAUUCGGAACAGUUGCUUCAUUCGUAGUUACCAAAAUGUGUGGCCCAUCGGAGGCAGCUGCGAGGAAAAACCGUACACACGAAGCUGCGGCAGAAGUUGCCGCCCCAGCAGGAGAAAAGGAGAACAGAACAAAUGGAGCGUGUUCAGCAAAGAUGACGAGAUAGAGGAAACCAGCAGACCGGAACAACCGAGUGAUGAUUAUAAAAUGGGGAGAAGGAAAAACUUCAUAAAAAAGUAUCAAGUGAAAAAGGAAGAAGUAGAGGAAUACAUUGAACAAAUGAAGAGAAACUCAAGUAGUGGAUAUGAACCUCAAUUUCCGAAGGAUGUUUUUAGGACCCCAGAUGGAUUAACAAAUGUCAUUUUGGAUUAUAAAUACAAAAAUGACAAUUUAAAAAUUCACAAUUAUUACUCUUUUUUUGUGUGCUUUUUAAAAAAGCUAGCUGAGCAAGCGGAAAAAAAAAAAAAAAAAAAAAAACAGCUAAAUGAGCCAAAUGGACAAAAUGGCGAAAAAGACCAAACGGACAGAGAACCACUAAUUAGCGUACAAGAUUUUCUCUUCCUAAAAAAGAAGGGAUUCUUUGAAGGAGAUUUGUACACAUGGAAAAAUUGGGUCAUUCUGAACCGGGGAGAGUGGGAAGAUUAUAUCGGCUACGGAGAAGUAGACAAAGAAAAAGAAUACGAAAUAGAGACGCUGCGAAAAAUGGUGGAACCCAAAAUGAAGAGAAUGCCCAUAGAAUACUGGGGUAGCUUCAGAGCAAUCGAUUUCAAUGUGAAUCAUUAUCCCAUUUAUAAGAAGUUGUAUGACUACUUUGACAAGAUCAGUGUGAGUGGUAACGAGCCAAACGAGAAGUUUUACCCCUUCCUCUUCUACCCCCGGUUUAGCGUUCGUAGGGAUAGAGCGGGGCUGGGCUACGGGGACGCGCAGUUUUUCGGCAACUACGGGGAUAUCUACAAGAAGCGCGAGGAGCGCCUGCAAAGGUUGCGCGGUCUAGGCAACGAUGGUGUUGACACCGCAGGAAUGGCUGAGGACACAUCCAGCACGAACGAAAGCGUGGUGCACUCCAGCCUGCACCGGGAGAGUUUCAUAGAUAAAUACGACUUCGGACCGAACGACAUCAAAGUAGAGGAAGCGACAGACAUAAUCAAGUACCCACAGAACGGUAGGCUCUACCAGAAGUUCUACAUAGGGCCUUUAAACAUAACCGAUGGACACACCUUCGGUACUCUGUUAAAGUACGUCUGUCAGACGCAGAUAUAUGGGUACGCCAUAGUUGCCAUUAAAGUACACAACAUGAAUGAAGACACCCGAAUUGAUAACGUGCAAGAGGACCUCCUAGAAAUUGCACUGAACCUAUCGGACGUGUGUAUAUACAGCAAAGAAAUAAAUGUAGAGACAAAUGUACGACUCAUUUUUAAAGGACCCUUAAUGCUAGUAGCAGGGAUGAUACCCCUGCCGUCUCACCUACAAGUAGUUAACAAGGAGCAGUACAUCUGCACCCUGAAAGAAGAUGGAUAUCUAGACAUUUCGAUAAAAAUUGAAUAUGGAAAAGGUCACUGGCUAACAUAUGAGAAGGGAUUAUACAAAAGGGAACAGGGUUCGGAUAACGAAUGUAUGAAAAAAAGACCAGUAAAGGAAGUUAUUGAGAAAAAUUAUAUGCCUAUAAGUGCUAGCUUUGGUAGCUGCCGUAUGGUACGUAUGUCUGUACAUAAGAUCGCCACUAAGUAUUGGUGUGAAGAUAGGUGUGAAUUUACCGACCCGAAACAAAUGCUUGUGAUGGAAAUAUGGACUGACUGCAGAAUGUUGCCAAAGAAUGUGCUACUAUAUGGAAUUAAAAAUAUAAAAAAAAUUUUGAGAAAAUUCAGGGAGAUGAUAAUUUCCGAUACGGAUUUCCCGUCCGAUGUGGAGGACGAGGAGAUAAAGAAACUGUGGCCCGCCAUUGACCGGUACAAAUUUUUGCAGACCAAGCAGAAGAUGGAGGGAGGCCCCCCCAUCCACGAUGUGGACGCAGAGAGUGAUACCAGCGGCAAUAGCGGCGCGGGUAUCGGAAAUAGUGAGCACGGCGUGCCGGAUAGACACAGUCAAAUGGGUAACCAGAACAUGAUGGACUCAUUUUCGCAAAAGCUCGUGGACCCAGACAACUUUCCCAAGCACUCAAAUAUCCAGCUACCGCUGGAGGACACGCCGCCUCCCUUCCUGGACACCCUGGAGUGGCUAAAAAUGGAGGUAAAGAAAGACAGAAUUCGCAAGAAGAGGAAGGGUUCCGAGAAAAAAACUUCCAAAGCGGCGAACAGGCGCACCUUCGAUUAUGACGACUACCUGGACGACACUUUGGGCGAUAUACUGGACGAGGGUUGA